UCCAGUUUGUGUGUGUUCGUAUCACUUUUCCUUCCAUGGUGACAGACUUGACAUUAUUAAGGCUGAUUUGUCAUGGAAGUUUGGAGCUCUGGACUGCGGAUAAAGGAAACCAAGGAAGUUUAUGAAGGUGAAGUGACAGAGCUAACUCCAUGUGAGACCGAGAACCCCAUGGGAGGGUAUGGCAAAACCAUCAGCCAUGUGAUCAUAGGACUCAAGACAGCCAAAGGAACCAAACAGCUGAAGCUGGACCCCAGUAUUUUUGAGAGUUUGCAGAAAGAACGAGUGGAGGCUGGAGAUGUGAUUUACAUUGAAGCCAAUAGUGGGGCUGUGAAGAGGCAGGGCAGGUGUGACACCUAUGCCACAGAAUUUGACCUUGAAGCUGAAGAGUACGUCCCCUUACCUAAGGGGGACGUGCACAAGAAGAAAGAAAUUAUCCAGGAUGUGACCUUGCAUGAUUUGGAUGUGGCCAAUGCGCGGCCCCAGGGGGGACAAGAUAUCCUCUCCAUGAUGGGCCAGUUAAUGAAGCCAAAGAAGACAGAAAUCACAGACAAGCUUCGAGGGGAGAUCAACAAGGUGGUGAACAAGUACAUUGACCAGGGUGUUGCUGAGCUGGUUCCAGGCGUGCUGUUUGUGGAUGAGGUACACAUGCUGGAUAUUGAGUGCUUCACCUACCUGCACCGCGCCCUGGAGUCCUCCAUCGCCCCCAUUGUCAUCUUUGCAUCCAACCGAGGCAACUGUGUCAUCAGGGGCACUGAGGACAUCACUUCUCCUCACGGCAUCCCUCUCGACCUGCUGGACCGAGUGAUGAUCAUCAGGACCAUGCUGUACACCCCACAGGAAAUGAAGCAG